CACUCGUCUGUCUUCACAGACCCAGAGGGAGACGGACGUUGAUGGACUUUCUAACCGGGACCUCUUCUUUUAAACACACUUCAAAUUGUUUAUUUAUUUAAAAAAAAUAAUUGAGUUUACAGUUCACUGUGCAGCUACUGUACAUCCUUUUUUGUAAUUGUUGGUCAGAAUGGCCUUAAAAAUUAGUACCAGCUGUGUCUGCAGCUUCGUCUUUGGAACUAUUCUAAUUAUUGCUUUCCCAAUGGCAGAGAUCACUCUUGGUGCACUGCAUCUAAAUGAGUGCCCUGCAGCACCACUGAUCCCAGUGUAUGUGAUGGUGUGUGGGAUAAUAGCACUGCUGCUGAUGGGCCUGGUUGUUCUGCCAAAACUCCUCUGCCCAGCAGCCCAAGGAUUAAUCUGGACGUGCUGUGUCCUCACCCUGAUUCUGUUGACUUUCAUCUGGUUCCUCGUUGGGAGUUACUAUAUCUAUUCUAUAUACCCACCCAGUUAUGAGAAGAACAUCACCGAUCCAGACAAAUCCAUCAGCGGUGCAUACACUGCUCCUAACAGCAGCUGGACACAGGCUCUGCACAAACACAACCACAAUCUUCAAACCCAAGACCACGAUCAUCUAAAUCGGACCUUUCCAAACCAUAACCAGACUGAGACGAUGAGUGGAAACCAGACCUGGAAGAACCUUAUUCCAACUCCAACGACCAGUAGUGACGUGGACAAAGAGCAGCAGGAACCUGCAGCUGAUCAGGCUGAGGCUACAAAGGCCUACUGUGAUAAAACUCUGUAUCUGCUCGCUUUCUGGGCCACCACCAUGAUAUAUGUCUUUGCAGGAAACGCACUACUGAUCAUGGCUUGCUUGUAUGGCUGCAUGGGAAUAAUGAAUAUGAUAACAAAUCACCUUUUUUGAUGCAGCUAAUUAUGACUGUGUGAACCACUUUUGGAAACAGCUGAGCUUGUUUCAACCUGUUCCUGCGGCUUCAGCAUGAGACGAUAGUUGUCUUUGAAUAUGACUGAACUUUAAUGGUCAAUAAAGUAUGUUAUUAUUGCUUGAUUUUAACAUCAUGUCUGUUGCAUGUGACUGUUGAUAUAAUGACCCUGGAAUAAUAUUGAAUUUAUUCUUUUUGUUGCACUAUGCAAGUCUGGUUUCCUUAUUAAAUUAUGUUUAUCAUCUGCAUUGUUUUAACUUCAUUGUGUAUUUUAGUUUGUCACGUGUAAAUAGUACUGCAAAUUCUGAUUAUAUCCAAAUAAAAUAUUUUGUUCAUAAUAA